AUGGCGACAGUCCCACUCUUCAUCAACGGCAAGGAGGAGGAGUCCUCGGCCACGUUUGACGUCGUGAGCCCCUACACAAAGGGAACGUGCUGGAGGGCGGCGUCGGCAACGCCAAGGGAUGCCGUCAGGGCCGUCGAGGCCGCCGAGGCCGCCUUCCCGGCCUGGUCUCGCACCAAGCCGACCGACCGCCGCGACGUGCUCCUCCGAGCCGCCGACCUGCUGGAGCAGCGCCUGGACGAGUGCGCCGGGUACAUGCGCACCGAGAUGGGCGCCGAUGUGGGCGCUUCGCAGUUCUUCGUCGUGCCGCUGAGCAUCCGCAUGCUGCGCGACCUGGCCGGGCGCAUCACGUCCAUCUGCGGCAGCGUGCCCGUCGUCGAGCAGGAGGGCCAGAGUGCGAUGAUUGUCAAGGAGGCUAUGGGCGUCGUGCUGGGUAUCGUGCCUUGGAACGCCCCGUAUGUCUUUGGUAUCCGAGCCGCCGCCUGCGCCCUGGCUACCGGCAACACCACCGUCCUCAAGUCGUCCGAGAUGUCACCCCGGUGCUACUGGGCCAUUGCGCGCGCCUUCCACGACGCUGGCCUGCCCGACGGCUGCCUCAACGUCAUCUCUUGCCGCCCGCAGGAUGCCCCUGCCGUCGUAGACGCCAUGAUUGACCACCCGGCUGUCCGCAAGGUCAACUUUACCGGCUCAACCGCCGUCGGCCGCAAGGUUGCCAAGAAAUGCGGCGAGGCCCUCAAGCCGUGCCUCAUGGAGCUGGGCGGGAAGAACAGCUCUAUAGUCUGCGCGGACGCCGACCUGGAACGUGCCCUGCGUGAGGUCAUGGCUGGCUCAUUCCUCAACUCUGGCCAGAUCUGCAUGGCCACCGACCGCGUCAUUCUUCACAAGGACAUCGCCCCUGCCUUCAUGACAGCCCUCGGGGAGGCUCUCAAGGUUGCCGCCCAGGAACAGCCACCGCUCACACUUGUCUCGUCGGCGUCCAAGGAGCGCGUGGCCAAGCUCGUCUCGGAUGCCCUGUCGUCGGGUGCCCAGCUUAUCAGCGGACCUCUCGACAGUGACGCUACCCAGCAGGGCGUCCGCCUGAAUCGCGUCCUCGUCGGCCAUGUCAAGGAGCACAUGGCCAUCUGGAACGACGAGUCGUUCGCACCGGUGGCAGCCUGCAUGGUUGUCGAGAGCGACGACGAGGCCGUCACCAUGGCUAACCGGGGCGGUUACGGCCUGUCGGCCGCUGUCUUUACCGAGGACUUGCGCAAAGGGUUCGCCUUGGCCAGGAGGAUCGAGUCGGGUGCCGUGCACAUCAACAGCAUGACAAUUCACGACGAGCCCGUACUUCCGCAUGGUGGUGUCAAGAACAGCGGCUGGGGACGGUUCAACGGCACUAUGGGACUGGACGAGUUCCUCGUAACCAAGAGUAUUACCUGGAACGACUAA